AUGCCACCAGUUACCCUCCCACCGCCCUGGCACUCCCCCAGGAUUACCUCACACUGGGUACCUCACGCGCCACUUCUGACGCACUUUCACCCCACCUCCCGCCUGUCACCGAUAGGUAGCUGCGGCCAUCGCAACGACGAUUCAAUUGCCUGGGCCACGCAGCAGGCACAGCAUCAGCCACUCGAUUUACCGAAACAGUCUCCCACAAAUGACAUGGCACCGGACUUGAACUCUCUUCCUUCAUCUCCUCCAUCUCUACCCAUCCGAUCCAGAAUGUCAUCCUCCAACGGCGAAGCCCCUCUCCCUCCCGCGUCUGGCGGUCCAGCUCCUCGUGGGGAGUCCCCCGCUGGCUCACCGCGACGGCAGUCAACUUCGCUGCAGGCCGCGGCUACAUUGAACGCUAGCCUUCAGAGCGAACCGUCUCGACGUAUGUGUGUUGACGAACGCAUCAGGAUUACUUUGCUAAUUGACCAAGGCUCCUCCAGCGGUUCCGUAUCCCGAAAUCGACAGUCACCCAACGCCGGCCGAAGGCUGUCCACGGUUCUUAUGAACCUACAACUUAACGAUCCUUCUCUUCCUGGCCCAGGUGAGAUGGUCGCAGAUGCCCAACACGGGCAGUCUGGCGGUGCGACCACUGCCAGUCAGCAGCCAGUGGGAACCUCCCCGAUGAUGGUUCCCGGUGGUGAUCCCCAUCACAAUCGUGCGCCCAGCCUGGGAGAGCUCCACCAGGAGCUUGAAGCCGAACAGGAAGCUCAAGUUAACCGCCUGCUCCACAUGAUCCGUCAGCAGCAGCUCCAACUCCAGCAUCUCCAGGCUGGCCAGGGACAGAGUUCUUCCGCCGUUGAAGACUCUGCCAUUGCUUCUGAGAGAUCUAAUCAAGGUACCCACAUUUCGCAGCAGCCAUCGGGUUUCACUCCGCUGCCUUCCUCGGGCUCCUUCUCGCGGUCACCGGUUGUGCCCCAUCCCCGGAGCUCUUUCGAUAUGGCGAGGGCAGAUAUCCAGCGCCGCUCCAGGACCCCGAGUCGUGGCGCCUCUCCGAGGCUACGCUCGACAUCUAUAAGCGGUGACAGCGGCGAACAGUAUACUCUCGGAGGUCGAGACGAAAGCGCCUUUUAUCAAGCCGAGACCCAGAUGCUGGUCAGGGAGAACCAGAUGCUCCGCCACCGCAUACGAGAUUUGGAGAAACAAUUGACAGACAUGCUGCCUGCAACCAGCACCCAAGGCAACCCCAGCGAGCCCGCCCAUCCAUCUCAACUCAGAGCUGCUGCUGUUGGGGAUGAGGACACAACUACGCCCUCGAUCACUCAAGGUUCAAGCGAGUUAGCGAAGGAGGCGUGA